UAUAAUUGGUAAAACCUACUACCAUGGCCGUCUUCCUCCUCAGAGUUGCAGUGCUACUGGUUUUAUUGGGUCAUUCCACAGUAGCUCAUAAUAUCAGGGAGAAGCUUCAUGCAUAUGGCGGUGAUGGGGUGCAGCCACUCUCCAAGAUUCAAAUCCUCAAAGCUGUUUCUCAGCUCCACGAAAAUGCUUCCGUCUCUGCGUACCCUGUCCUUCUUGGCACCAAGGGGGAAGAUUUUGGGUGGGUAACUGUGACAGUUUCUAGUCCUACUCCUGCACAAGAUGAUUGGGUGGCAGUUUUUUCUCCUGCAAAUUUUAAUGCAUCUACAUGUCCAUACAAUGAAGAUUAUUACGAGCCGUAUAUAUGCACAUCUCCUAUUAAGUACAAGUUUGCCAAUUAUUCCAGUGCCAAAUAUGCAAUCACUGGAAAAUCAACUUUGAAGUUCCGAUUAAUUAAUCAAAGGGCGGAUUUUUCUUUCGCAUUGUUCUCUGGCGGGCUGUCAAACCCGAAAUUGGUGUCAGUUUCGAAUAAUGUGACCUUUGCAUACCCAAAGGCUCCCCUGUACCCACGUCUUGCUCUAGGGAAGCUCUGGGAUGAAAUGACAGUGACUUGGACAAGUGGCUAUAAUAUCCAUGAAGCUGUACCUUUAGUUGAGUGGGGUUUGAAGGGAGACCCUCAAAAUAGAUCUCCAGCAGGAACAGUAACUUUCAGUCGUCGGGACAUGUGUGCUGCACCCGCACGAACAGUUGGUUGGCGUGAUCCUGGUUUCAUUCAUACAAGUUUUCUAAAAGAUUUGUGGCCAAAUUCAGUGUACUCUUACAAACUUGGUCAUAGGUUAUCUAAUGGUUCCUACAUCUGGAGCAAGGUUUACUCGUUCAAGUCAUCACCAUAUCCCGGGCAGGAGUCACUGCAGCGCGUUAUUAUAUUUGGUGACAUGGGAAAGGCUGAGCGUGAUGGUUCAAAUGAAUAUGCUGAUUAUCAGCCCGGCUCACUCAACACCACAGAUCAGCUAAUCAAGGACUUGGACAACAUUGACAUAGUUUUUCACAUAGGAGAUUUGCCUUAUGCCAAUGGAUACAUCUCACAGUGGGAUCAGUUCACAUCACAGGUGGAGCCAAUUUCAUCAGUCGUACCAUAUAUGGUUGCAAGCGGCAACCAUGAACGAGAUACAACAGGGACUGGAUCCUUCUACAACACUAAUGAUGCAGGUGGCGAAUGUGGUGUUCCAGCUGAAACUAUGUAUUAUGUUCCUGCUGAGAACAGAGCUAAAUUCUGGUAUGCAACAGAUUAUGGCAUGUUCCACUUCUGUAUAGCUGACACUGAGCAUGACUGGAGAGAAGGUUCCGAGCAGUACAAAUUUAUUGAGAAAUGCCUUGCUUCUGCAAACAGACACAAGCAGCCUUGGCUGAUAUUCGCCGCUCAUCGUGUUCUUGGUUAUUCUUCUAACUCUUGGUAUGGACAAGAGGGUUCAUUUGAAGAGCCGAUGGGAAGGGAUGACAUGCAAAAGCUUUGGCAAAGAUACAAAGUGGACAUUGCAUUCUACGGCCAUGUCCAUAAUUACGAACGAAUAUGCCCCAUCUAUCAGAACCAGUGUGUAAAUUCGGAAACAUCCAACUAUUCAGGAACUGUCAACGGAACAAUCCAUGUAGUAGUUGGUGGAGGAGGUAGCCACUUAUCAGAUUUUAGCUCACUGCAGACAGUUUGGAGCAUUUAUAAAGAUCACGACUUUGGUUAUACGAAACUUACAGCGUAUAACCACUCCUCGCUGCUCUUCGAGUACAUGAAGAGCAGCGAUGGAAAGGUCUAUGAUUCAUUCACCAUCUCAAGGGACUAUAGGGAUGUCUUGGCCUGUGUUCAUGAUGGUUGUGAACCAACCACCUUAGCUACAUGACAUUGUUCAACAAUGUAUUGUGCACAGGAAUAAAGACAACAUAUUUGUGAUUGUUUAUUGAAGCAGUCAAGUUGUAGACAAUAGCAGAGAUGUUUACAACUCUGAAUAUUACUGUCGUUAUAUU